GAAGGGCAGUGACACACAGACAGGUAACUAAGAAAAAAAAAAAAAACGGGGGGAGGAAAAAAAAAUCCUCCGGGGCUUGUUAUGGAGUUCGUAUGAACGAAACACGGAUUUCCACCCUUCUUUACCAGUCAAACCAGUAUCGCUGGAUAGAAAACUCUCAAGUACAGCAACAGUUUUUACCCUUGUGGUCCCUGAUGGCUUCGCACAGUGAUACUCUGGUGGUGUUCUUUGGGGCAACAGCUGGUGCAAAUGGGGGUAAACUGGGUUCGGAUGAGAGGGAAAUAAUUCUCUUGGUGUGGCAAAUUGUGGACCUGCGUGAGAAAAAGGUGGGCGAGCUUCACAGAUGUCUUGUCAAGCCAGACACUUCGGAGUUUACUGAUCAGUGCAAAGAAGAGACUGGGCUCAGUUUGGACGACGUCGUCAGUGCCGAACCCCUGGAUAAAGUUCUGCAACAGUUCCAGCAGUUGGUGGCAUCGGAAUUGAAGAAUCUCGAAAGGAACUCUUAUACUCUUUGUGUUAACAGUCCCCUUGUCAUCCGACAGGCCCUCCACCCUGAGGCUUCUAAAAAGAAUCUUGUCCUUCCUGAGUGUUUCUUCUCGUUUGUGGACUUGAGAAAAGAGUUUGAGAAAUGUUGUCCCAACGCCGGCCCUGCAAACAAGCUGGAGCUCCCUUCCAUGUUAGAACAUGUAGGUGUAGCUGCAGUAUCGGAACAGCUGAUGGGAGUAAGAGAAGUGAGAAGCAUGGUGCAGUUAACCCUCCGAAUGCUGGCUGAGCCUUAUAAUCACAGCUUUUCCUGUGUGGAGACAGUGAAAUACAAAUUUGAUUCUGGCACGUGCAGUAAGACAGAGCCAGUGGACAAUGAGACGAUCAUCAGAGCGCGAGGACUUCCAUGGCAGUCUUCAGACCAAGACAUUGCUCGCUUCUUCAAAGGCCUCAAUAUAGCCAAAGGGGGUGUGGCCUUAUGCCUCAAUGCUCAGGGCAGAAGGAACGGCGAGGCAUUGGUUCGCUUCAUCAACUCAGAACACAGAGACCUGGCACUGGAGCGCCACAAGCACCACAUGGGCAGCCGCUACAUUGAGGUCUAUAAGGCCACAGGAGAAGAAUUUCUCAAGAUUGCUGGAGGCACGUCUAAUGAGGUGACACAGUUCCUGUCCAAAGAGAACCAGGUCAUCGUCCGCAUGCGAGGUCUGCCCUUCACUGCCACACCACAGGAGGUCCUGGACUUCCUCGGUCCUGAGAGUCCGGUCACAGAUGGAGCUGAGGGGCUGUUGUUUGUGAAAUAUCCCGACGGACGACCCACCGGCGACGCUUUUGUGCUUUUCUCCUGUGACGAUUAUGCCCAGAACGCCAUGAAAAAGCACAGGCAGAUCCUGGGCAAACGCUACAUUGAGCUCUUUCGCAGUACCUCGGCUGAGGUGCAACAGGUGCUGACUCGAUACCUGACCACCCCUCUGAUAUCCACGCUGCCCGCCUCGUCCAUCGUCCCCGUCCUCGCCACGCCACCCUUCCUCCCGACAGCUAGCAGCACUCGCGACUGUGUCCGCCUUCGCGGGCUGCCUUACACGGCCGGCAUCGAAGACAUCUUGGAGUUUAUGGGCGAGCACACCGCAGAUAUCAAACCCCACGGAGUCCACAUGGUUCUCAACCAGCAGGGCCGGCCCUCGGGUGACUCCUUCAUUCAGAUGAAGUCCUCAGACAAGGCCUUCAUGGUGUCCCAGAAGUGCCACAAGAAGACAAUGAAGGAUCGCUACGUGGAGGUGUUCCAGUGCUCCACGGAGGAGAUGAGUAUUGUGCUGAUGGGAGGAACCUUGAACCGCAGCGGCCUUUCUCCACCCCCUUGCAAACUCCCCUGUUUAUCUCCCCCUACAGCCUACGCUUUCCCCACCCAGCCUGCCAUCUUGUCUGAAGCCGCCCUCUUCCAGCCCCCCCUGCUGGCUGCACCCAGAGCUCAUCAGGCCACACAUAGCCCCGCCUUAGCCUACUACCCCCCUCAGCCCCACCUCUACAUGAACAUGAAUUACACAGCUUACUAUCCCAGCCCCCCAGUGUCCCCCUCCACAGUGAGCUACUUCACCGCCCCCCCAUCGGUCAUGGCAGCCCAGCCUCACCAUGCAGCCGCUGUGGCGGCAGCCGCCUCCUCCCAGGUGCUGCCUCAACCUGGUGCGCUCGUGCGGAUGCAAGGCCUACCCUACAACACAGGGGUCAAGGACAUCCUCAGCUUUUUCCAGGGUUACCAGCUCCAGCCGGACGCCGUCCUCGUCCUGUACAACUUCAGCGGCCAGUGCAGCGGCGAGGCCUUGGUCACCUUCCCCAGCGAGGAGGCGGCGCGCCAGGCCGUGGCCGAGCGCUCCGGUCACGCUUUCUACGGCCAACGGGUCCACUUGGCCUUCUGCGACUGACUGACUGACUCCAAUCGCUUUUCGGCCACCGCGUGUAUAUGGCUGCUUCCAUCCUACCAAAGCAUUUGUCCGCACUUGAACUUUUUUUUUUCUUUUUUUUUCUUUUUUAUAUACAGUAUAUAUAAUUAUUUUGUCCAAACGUAGUCCUUUUGUGCAGUCUUGAGCACAGUGGCAGCCAAAAGCCAUAAAAUGACUCUUGUAGAAAGAGGAGGGAAUUUUUAAAAGCAUACGUCUGUUAUUUUGUGAUUGGGUCCCCCGCCUUCAGUUGUCGGGUUGUUGAACAAAUGGUGACUUAUGUUCCAUUCUGUCUUCACAGCUCAGAUGAAAGCCUUAAAGAUGACACAGGUUCACUUCAGUUUUUAUCCUUUGUAGGAAGCAACCAAUAUUUUGAUUUUCUGCGGCAAACCAAAUGACUGGUAUUAUUUUUCUUCCUCUUUCGCUCUAUAAAGUUAAAAAAAAAAAAAAGUGCUUACACUUACCAGAAUGCACCACUGGCUUCAAUCUCCAAUUGCUGAG